CAGCGACUUGCCAGGCCGCUUCUUGCGGCAACAGAGCUUCCCACCCCGCCAAUGGGCACGGGGGUUGUCUUUGAACACGUUCUGCCAGUGAAGUUCGCCCUCAGCGGGCCGAAGUGGUGCGCAGUGGUUGCUUCCGGCUUAGCGGGUGCCUUCUCCGGCAAUUUCUUCUUCAAGAAUCUCAUCAUGUGCAGAAACCCCCCCAACCCACCCAGAGACCCCAAUGAAACUGCACCCGAGCGCCACCCCCAUGCGCCUGAGGACGAAUGA